UGUACACAAAAUUAAGGUACCAUCAAUUUCAGCCAUGGCAGCGAUUGGAAGAAAAGUUGUGCUAUCUGCAGUUCCAGCACGAAUUGCUUCAAGAAGUAGCUGCAAUAAAACAUUUUCUAGUUCUUCCAAAGUAAUGGCACCAGGAAAGGUUGGAUUUAUUGGGCUUGGCAAUAUGGGUGGUCAUAUGGCCAGAAACUUGAUAAAGAAAGGCCAUAAAUUGGUUGUGUAUGACGUUUCCAAAGAUCUUGUCAACAGUUUAAAGGAAUCGGGUGCUGCAGCAGCCGGCUCACCAGCAGAGGUUGCCUCAGAAGCCACCAAGGUUGUAACCAUGUUACCAGAAAGUGCUCAUGUACAGACAGUAUAUACAGGAGACAAUGGCAUUUUCAGCACCUUGCAGAAAAACAGUCUUCUUAUGGACUGUAGUACCAUAGAUCCAUCUGUGUCACAGUCUAUGGCAGGAAUAGCAGAGGAAAAGGGUUCUUCCUUUGUGGAUGCACCUGUGUCAGGAGGUGUGAAUGCUGCACGAGAUGCCUUACUUACAUUUAUGGUUGGUGGUCCAGAGUCGGCGUACAAAGAAGCCAGUGAAUAUCUCAGUUUAAUGGGGAAAAAUGUUGUGCACUGUGGGGCAGUGGGCACAGGACAGGCAGCAAAGAUUUGUAACAACAUGUUACUGGGCAUUUCUAUGAUCGGAACUUCAGAAACAAUGAAUCUCGGAAUGAAGUUAGGGCUGGACCCAAAACUUCUGGCAAAAAUAUUGAAUAUGAGCUCUGGGCGAUGUUGGUCAUCAGAGGUAUAUAACCCAUGCCCUGGAGUAUUGGAAGGUGUGCCAUCCAGUAAUGACUACAAGGGUGGGUUUGGAACGGCGCUCAUGACAAAGGACCUGGGUUUAGCCCAGAAUGCUGCUACGGCAAUGAAAUCCCCGACACCAAUGGGAUCCCUGGCCCAUCAGAUGUACAGAACUAUGACAAAUCACGGAUAUGGUGGCAAGGACUUCUCAUCGGCUUUCAUGUUCUUACAGGAUCAGAAAAAGAAAUAAACAGCAUUCAUGUGAUUUUAAACAAGAAC